AGAGAGAGAGAGAGAGAGAGAGAGAGAGAGGGGGAGAAGAAAGAGAGAAAGAGAAAACGAGCAAGAGAGAGAUCUAACAAGAUUCAAACUAGUGGUCUUUUUUUCCCCGAUGCUUUCCAAUCGCAGAACGAAACUAAGCCCGGCAUCGGACGGUGAGCGGGACGCACCGGGCAACAACAGGACACGCCGCAGGAGGAUAUGUGAAGUUGGAAUCCCACUAAACUAAUGCUGUGAAGUGGCUCUGUCCCUGGAGCCGAGACUUCAUCCCCUUGGUGUCAGCGAGGAUGCUGUGGGUUACCUUGCUGAGCACCAUAGCCUUAGGAUGGACCACCCCAAUCCCACUACUAGAGGACUCCGAGGAGAUCGACGAGCCCUGCUUCGAGCCUUGCUACUGCGAAGUCAAAGAGGGCAUCUUCCACGUCCACUGUGACAGUAAAGGAUUUACAAAUGUCAGCCAGAUCUCACAGAUAUGGAGUCGGCCCUUCAAGCUCAACCUGCAGAGAAACUCCAUGAGGAAGCUUUACUUUAACAGCUUCCUCCAUCUCAACAAUGCCAUAUCCAUUAAUCUGGGUAAUAACGCCUUGCAAGAUAUCCAUGCUGGGGCGUUCAAUGGCUUAGGAAUACUCAAACGGCUGUUCCUACACGAAAACAAACUAGAAGUUUUUCGGAAUGACACUUUUCUGGGGUUGGAGAGUUUAGAGUAUCUCCAAGCGGACUACAAUGUUAUCAAAAGGAUUGAAAGUGGUGCAUUCAGGCACCUUCACAAAUUGAGAGUGCUCAUACUGAAUGACAAUCUGAUCCCCGUGCUCCCAAAUUAUCUUUUCCGGUCUGUGUCACUCACACAUCUGGACCUGAGAGGAAACAGACUAAAGACAUUGCCGUAUAAGGGGACGCUGGAGUAUGUUGGGAGGAGCUUAAUGGAAAUCCAGCUGGAGGAGAACCCCUGGAACUGUGUGUGUGAGAUUGUCCAGUUAAAAACAUGGCUGGAGAGAAUCCCUUAUACAGCUUUGGUAGGUGAGAUCACAUGUGAGUACCCAUUCCACUUACAUGGGAAAGACUUAAGGGAAAUCAAGCGGAGUGAGCUCUGUCCGCUACUCUCCGAUGCAGAGAUUGAAGCCAAGCUGGGAAUUCCCCGGGUCCCAUUUAGCAAUGAGAACACAUGGCCUACUAAACCUUCCUCCAUGCUCUCUUCCUUUCACAACACAGCAUCUUCUGUGGAGUACAAGGAAAGAGUUGUCAAGCCUACCAAACGACCUCGGCCCACAAAGAACCCCCCAACCCCUCGUAGCAUCUAUCCAGGCAUCAACCAACCCCCUAUUGCUGGCUACCAAACAAGGCCUCCCAUCCCCAUAAUUUGUCCAGCUGGAUGUAUUUGCAACCUUCACAUCAAUGACCUGGGGCUAACAGUGAACUGUAAAGAAAAAGGCUUUCACAACAUCUCUGAGCUCCUUCCUCGGCCGCUCAAUGCCAAGAAAUUGUACCUCAGUGGGAACCUAAUACAGAAAAUCUACCGUUCUGAUUUCUGGAAUUUCUCAAGUUUGGAUUUACUGCAUUUAGGGAAUAAUCGGAUAUCCUACGUCCAAGAGGGCGCCUUCAUUAACCUGCCAAACUUGAAAAGUUUAUAUCUGAAUGGGAAUGACAUUGAAAGGCUCACACCUGGGAUGUUCCGCGGUCUUCAGAUGUUGAGUUAUCUUUACUUUGAGUAUAAUGUCAUACGUGAGAUACAACCUAACUCCUUCUCCCUAAUGCCAAAUCUCCAGCUGGUUUUCCUCAAUGACAAUCUGUUACGCUCCCUCCCCACUGACGCCUUUGCUGGCACCAACCUUGCACGCCUCAACCUCCGUAACAACUACUUCUUUUCCCUGCCUGUACGUGGUGUUCUGGAGCAUCUGACCUCCAUUGUCCAGAUUGAUCUCCAUCAGAACCCCUGGGACUGCUCCUGUGAUAUCAUCCCCCUGAAACAGUGGCUGGAAAAGCUCUCCUCUGUCAUCGUGGUUGGAGAUGUCAUCUGCAAGACACCUGAGUUUGCUUUUGGGAAGGAUCUGCGUUCACUGGACGUUGAGGUCAUCUGCCCUGAGCUUAAGUACUCUCCUUCGCCAGCUCUGCCAGGUGGGGAUGACCUCACCACGGGCAGCUCUGACAUGGGAGAGGCAAGUGGGAGAGGAGCUGUCCCACUCUCUGUCCUCAUUCUCAGUCUACUCAUCCUCUUCAUUGCUGCUGUGUUUGUCGCUGCCGGGCUUUUCGCUUUUGUUCUCCGACGCAGGAAGAAGCUGCCCUUCCGGAAACGUUCUGAGGUAGAUCUAACAGGGAUCCAGAUGCAGUGCAGGAUUUUUGAGGACCCACCAAGGCAGAGUAGUGCUGGUAACACUGGCACACCGGAGAAACCCACACCCAGUAUGCACACACACACUCACACUAGUCACACACAUGCCCAUGGUCACGUUUAUGAUUACAUCCCCCACCCUGUGACUCAGAUGUGUAAUAACCCCAUCUAUAAGCCGAGAGAGGGGGAGAUAGCAGAGGAAGACAGAGCGCAGUUUUCAGAGAAGAAAGACAAUGGCAGCAGUAGCAACAGUAACUACAGAACCUUGUUAGAGAAAGAGAGAGAGUGGACCCUGGCCGUCUCCAACUCUCAACUCAACACCAUCGUCACAGUCAACCACACCACGGCUGACAUGGCAGGAUUUCAUGAGAAUGGAGGGCUCUGCCCUACAGUGAUUGACAGUCAGAGGCCCACACCGACAGUGGGCUUUGUAGACUGUUUGUAUGGGACAGUACCCAAACUAAAGGACAUGCAUGUGGCGCAUGCGCACCCACCAGGCAUGCAGUACCCCGAUUUGCAGCAGGAUGCACGGCUGAAGGAGACAUUGCUUUUCACGGCGGGGAAAGGCUGCUACCCCGACCCGUCCCAAAGCGAUUACCUCGAGUUAAGGGCCAAACUUCAAACCAAGCCGGAUUACCUCGAAGUCUUGGAAAAAUCUUACCGGUUUUAACAUCUCUAGCCCACGGAGAAAA